GUCCAGCAUAUUGUUUUGCAGACUUUGCCUGCAGCUUCUUUGCAGUAUAAGCACAGGAUAUUAUACACCCAGGAAAGCAGUUUGAGAAAGAUGGACUUCCAGCGCAGAGCUCACCCGUACCCCAUCCCGGAGGAUGAAGAGGUUGCACACCAGGUCGCUCCUGAUGCUCACAACUCCGCAGGGAAUGAAGGGGAGAAACCAGUGUCAAAACUGCAACGUAGGCACAGUGAGAUAAAACUCUACAAAGAGUUUUGUGACUUUUAUGCAAGAUUCAACAUGGCAAAUGCACUUGCAAAUGCCAUCUGUGAGCGCUGCAGAGGUGGCUUUGCCCCUGCCGAGAAAAUUGUCAACAGCAACGGUGAGCUGUACCACGAGCAGUGUUUUGUCUGUGCCCAGUGCUUUCAGCAGUUCCCUGAAGGGCUCUUCUACGAGUUUGAAGGGAGGAAGUACUGUGAACAUGAUUUUCAAAUGCUUUUUGCCCCUUGCUGCCAUCAAUGUGGCGAGUUCAUUAUUGGUCGUGUUAUCAAAGCCAUGAACAACAGCUGGCAUCCAGAGUGCUUCUGCUGUGAUAUCUGCCAACAAGUAUUGGCUGAUAUCGGAUUUGUCAAGAAUGCUGGCAGACAUCUCUGCCGUCCAUGCCACAACAGGGAAAAAGCCAGAGGCCUGGGAAAGUACAUUUGCCAGAAGUGCCAUGCCAUUAUUGAUGAACAGCCUCUCAUAUUCAAAAAUGAUCCUUAUCAUCCUGAUCAUUUCAACUGUGCAAACUGCGGGAAGGAACUUACUGCUGAUGCUCGUGAGUUGAAGGGAGAAUUGUACUGCUUACCCUGCCAUGACAAAAUGGGUGUUCCCAUCUGUGGGGCUUGUAGAAGACCAAUUGAAGGCCGUGUGGUGAAUGCUAUGGGCAAACAAUGGCAUGUGGAGCAUUUUGUGUGUGCAAAAUGUGAAAAGCCAUUCCUGGGUCAUCGCCAUUAUGAGAGAAAAGGCUUGGCAUAUUGUGAAACCCACUACAAUCAGCUAUUCGGUGAUGUUUGUUUCCAUUGCAACCGUGUGAUUGAAGGAGAUGUCGUGUCUGCUCUGAAUAAGGCGUGGUGUGUGAACUGUUUUGCUUGUUCAACUUGCAACACCAAGCUAACACUCAAGAAUAAAUUUGUGGAGUUUGAUAUGAAGCCUGUCUGCAAAAAGUGUUAUGAGAAGUUUCCUCUAGAGCUGAAGAAAAGACUGAAGAAACUAGCUGAAACUUUGGGAAGAAAGUAAAGACUUCCAUCUGCUCUCCCCUUCCUUUGUGAAAAUCUUACAUAUAUUACUGGGUGGGGGGUUGCUUUGAGGGUACAAUCAGACAACAAAUGAUGAUGUAUGCCUUCUAUCAAAUCGAAGUGUCUUAAGAUUCUUUG